AUGUUGUUAACUAACUGUGCAAGUCGUAUUAUCAUCUCGUUAAGUGGUGGUGUGGAGCCGACUUUUAAUAGUCGUGAUGAUUUUCUUCUACUGACUAAUUAUUAUACGAAAUUCAUUCGUACGGGUGACAUUGUUGUAUUUCAAAUUGAAGGUCGUGAUAUUCCAAUUGUUCAUCGAGUGAUUAAAGUACAUGAAAAAAAAGAUUGUUAUGUCAAAUUAUUGACCAAAGACGAUAUCAAUCAAGUAGACGAUCGCGGCCUUCAUCGGCCAGAACAACUAUGGCUUCAAUGA